CUCUGUCAUUCUUACCCGCUUCAUAGCGGUGCGACCUUGUGCAAGCGUGAUUUUAUAAACGAACCUAUUUAUCGUAACCUAUAAUAGUUGUUUCAUUGAAAUGAUGGUGAAGAUAUCAUAAAAGAUCAAUUUCUAACAUAGUUAAUAGUAAAUAACUUGCAGCUAUGCUUUCUCUAAUCAAGUCCGCUCUUGUCGGAUUGGCCAACGGUGGUAGAUCAACGGGGGUCCAAGGUAAGGGGGAGACUUGUGUCGCUGCAAACACUAGCUAGCUGUGAAUGGCUGCCCUACAAACCAACCAGCUAGAUGAUCUUAAAGAAAUUAUCAUGAUUAAUGAUGUAUUCUUGCAUCUUGACACGUUUGAAUACCUGCCUGCAGCCACUAGUAUGAUAGCUGGACUGGCUAGCUAACGGCUUUAGCUAGCUAGCAGCAAUAUAAAACAGUGUUUGUUUGUUGUCCAGAUGUCCUGCAGAGCCAUUUGAAGGUCCUGUCUGCUGGGAUGAAGACAUACGAGGUGCCUCCAGACUACAGCGGUAACUAACUUACUUUGCAUCUUAACAAUCAGUCAUCUGAACUGGCUUCCUUGAAUGAAUUAAUCAAUUAAGCAUUGUAUUGACCCCUCUUAGCUAGAAUGAAUCAAUUAAGCAUUGUAUUGACCCCUCUUAGCUAGAAUGAAUGAAGCAUUGUAUUGACCCCUCUUAGCUAGAAUGAAUGAAGCAUUGUAUUGACCCCUCUUAGCUAGAAUGAAUGAAGCAUUGUAUUGACCCCUCUUAGCUAGAAUGAAUGAAACAUUGUAUUGACCCCUCUUAGCUAGAAUGAAUGAAGCAUUGUAUUGACCCCUCUUAGCUAGAAUGAAUGAAGCAUUGUAUUGACCCCUCUUAGCUAGAAUGAAUGAAACAUUGUAUUGACCCCUCUUAGCUAGAAUGAAUGAAUGAAGCAUUGUAUUGACCCCUCUUAGCUAGAAUGAAUGAAAGCAUUGUAUUGACCCUCUUAGCUAGAAUGAAGAAAGCAUUGGAUUGACCCUCUUACUAGAUGAAGGAAGCAUUGUAUGGACCCCUCUUAGCUAGAAUGAAUGAAGCAUUGUAUUGACCCCUCUUAGCUAGAAUGAAUGAAGCAUCUAUUGACCCCUCUUAGCUAAUGAAUGAAGCAGGUAUUUGACCCCUCUAGCUAGAAUGGAUGAAGCAUUGUAUUGACUCCUCUUAGCUAGAAUGAAUGAAGCAUUGUAUUGACUCCUCUUAGCUAGAAUGAAUGAAGUAUUGGAUUGACCCCUCUUAGCUAGAAUGGCGACAAGUUGAUGGUCACAGUGAUGGAGGUCAAGGAUUCAGUUUGCAUCAUAACAACAUGACAUCGUGUCAGUCAAGGUUUCUGACCACACACAAACACACACACACACAAACACACACACACUCUGGCUACAGGUCAAAGGUCAAGAUCACCCAGGCUCCAUACACGUUUACCUUGACCCUGUCUGUGACCCUGUCUGUGACCCUGUCGGUGACCCUGUGACCCUGUCUGUGACCCCCUUCCCAACCCCUGUAGAGGUUGUGCUGCCUGAACGGCCCAAGCUGAAGUUUCUGAACAAGGUGCCGAACUUUAAGAAGGCGAGGAAGGAGAUGAAGAAGCUAAGAGACAUCCAGGGACCAGCCCAGACAGCCAACACCUUCACCAAGGGACAGUAUGGCAUCGUGGUGAGUGUGUGUGUGUGUGUGUGUGUGUGUGUGUGGUGUGUGUGUGUGUGUGUGUGUGUGUGAGUGUGAGUGUGUGUGUGUGUGUGUGUGUGUGUACCCCAUGUGUUCAAUACACAGAGAACACCGUCUACAUGCCUAGGAGGGUUAUGUGUCAAAAUACUCUCCCAUCAGGGCCUGUGGAUGUAGUUCCAUUGAUCAAGGCUUUCCCCAGGGCCUGUGGAUGUAGUUCCAUUGAUCAAGGCUUCCCUCCUGGGCCUGUGGAUGUAGUUCCCAUUGAUCAAAGGCUUUCCCCUGGGCCUGUGGAUGUAGUUCCUUUGAUCAAGGCUUUCCCCUGGGCCUGUGGAUGUAGUUCCAUUGAUCAAGGCUUCCCCCUGGGCCUGUGGAUGUAGUUCCAUUGAUCAAGGCUUUCCCCUGGGCCUGUGGAUGUAGUUCCAUUGAUCAAGGCUUCCCCCUGGGCCUGUGGAUGUAGUUCCAUUGAUCAAGGCUUCCCCUGGGCCUGUGGAUGUAGUUCCAUUGAUCAAGGCUUCCUCUGGGCCUGUGGAUGUAGUUCCAUUGAUCAAGGCUUCCCCUGGGCCUGUGGAUGUAGUUCCAUUGAUCAAGGCUUCCCCUGGGCCUGUGGAUGUAGUUCCAUUGAUCAAGGCUUCCCCUGGGCCUGUGGAUGUAGUUCCAUUGAUCAAGGCUUCCCCCUGGGCCUGUGGAUGUAGUUCCAUUGAUCAAGGCUUCCCCUGGGCCUGUGGAUGUAGUUCCAUUGAUCAAGGCUUCCCCCUGGGCCUGUGGAUGUAGUUCCAUUGAUCAAGGCUUUCCCCUGGGCCUGUGGAUGUAGUUCCAUUGAUCAAGGCUUUCCCCUUGGGCCUGUGGGAUGUAGUUCCUUUUGUCAAGGCUUUCCCCUGGGCCUGUGGAUGUAGUUCCUUUGAUCAAGGCUUUCCCCUGGGCCUGUGGGAUGUAGUUCCAUUGAUCAGAGGCUUCCCUCCUGGGCCUGUGGAUGUAGUUCCUUUGAUCAAGGCUUUCCCCUGGGCCUGUGGAUGUAGUUCCAUUGAUCAAGGCUUUCCCCUGGGCCUGUGGAUGUAGUUCCAUUGAUCAAGUCUUCCCCCUGGCCUGUGGAUGUAGUUCCAUUGAUCAGGCUUUCCCCUGGGCCUGUGGAUGUAGUUCCAUUGAUCAAGGCUUCCCCCUGGGCCUGUGGAUGUAGUUCCAUUGAUCAAGGCUUUCCCCUGGGCCUGUGGAUGUAGUUCCAUUGAUCAAGGCGCUCCCCUGGGCCUGUGGAUGUAGUUCCAUUGAUCAAGGCUUUCCCCUGGGCCUGUGGAUGUAGUUCCAUUGAUCAAGGCUUCCCCCUGGGCCUGUGGAUGUAGUUCCAUUGAUCAAGGCUUCCCUCCUGGGCCUGUGGAUGUAGUUCCAUUGAUCAAGGCUUUCCCCUGGGCUGUGGAUGUAGUUCCAUUGAUCAAGGCUUCCCCCUGGGCUGUGGAUGUAGUUCCAUUGAUCAAGGCUUUCCCCUGGGCCUGUGAUUGUUGAUCAAUCGGUGAUGGAUGUAGUUUCUCAUUAUCAAGGCUUCCCUCCUGGCCUGUGGAUGUAGUUCCAUGAUCAAGGCUUCCCUCCUGGGCCUGUGGAUGUAGUUCCUUUCAAGGCUUCCCGCCUGGGCUGUGGUGUAUCCAUGAUCAAGCUUCGUCCUGGCUGUGGAUGUAGUUCAUGAUCAGGUUCCUCGGCUGGGAUGUAGUUCCUGAUCAAGGCUUCCCUGGGCUGUGGAUUAGUUCCUUAUCAAGGCUUCCCUCCGGGCCGGGAGUAGUUCCUUGAUCAAGGCUUCCCCUGGGCUGGGAUGUAGUUCCUGAUCAGGCUUACCCGGGCCUGUGAUGUACGUCAUGAUCAAGGCUGUCCUGGGCUGGGAGUAGUUCUUGUCAGGCUUCCUGGGCUGUGGAGUGUAGUUCCAUGAUCAAGGCUCCCUCUGGCCUGUGGAUGUAGUAUGAUCAAGGCCUUCCCUGGCCUGGAUGAGUUCAUUGAUCAGCUUCCCCGGGCUGGGAUGUAGUUCCUAGAUCAAGGUCCCUCUGGGCUGUGGAUGUAGUUCCAUGAUCAAGCUUCCCCUGGCCUGUGGAUGUAGUCAUUGACAGGUUCCUGGGCCUGGAUGGUAUUCCUUGAUCAAGGCUUCCCCUGGGGCCUGGGAUGAUUCAUUGAUCAGGCUUCCCUGGCUGAUUGUUCAUGAUCAUUUCCUCUGUGAUUAUUCAUGAUCAAGGCUUCCCCUGGGCCUGUGGAUGUAGUUCCUUGAUCAAGGCUUCCCCCUGGGCCUGUGGAUGUAGUUCCAUUGAUCAAGGCUUUCCCCUGGGCCUGUGGAUGUAGUUCCAUUGAUCAAGGCUUUCCCCUGGGCCUGUGGAUGUAGUUCCAUUGAUCAAGGCUUCCCCUGGGCCUGUGGAUGUAGUUCCAUUGAUCAAGGCUUUCCCCUGGGCCUGUGGAUGUAGUUCCAUUGAUCAAGGCUUCCCCUGGGCCUGUGGAUGUAGUUCAUUGAUCAAGGCUUCCCCUGGGCUGUGGAUGUAGUUCCAUUGAUCAAGGCUUCCCCUGGGCCUGUGGAUUGUAGUUCCAUUGAUCAAGGCUUCCCCUGGGCCUGUGGAUGUAGUUCCAUUGAUCAAGGCUUUCCCCUGGGCCUGCGGAUGUAGUUCCAUUGAUCAAGGCUUCCCCUGGGCCUGUGGAGUAGUUCCAUUGAUCAAGGCUUUCCCCCUGGGCCUGUGGAUGUAGUUCCAUUGAUCAAGGCUUCCCCUGGGCCUGUGGAUGUGUUCCAUGAUCAAGGCUUCCCCCUGGGCUGUGGAUGUAGUUCCAUUGAUUCAAGGCUUCCCCCUGGGCCUGGAUGUAGUUCAAUUGAUGCAGGGCUUGUCCCCUGGGCCUGUGGAUGUAGUUCCAAUUGGAUCAAGGCUGUCCCGGCCUGGGCCUUGAGGAUGUUAGUUUCUAUUGGAUCAAAAGGCAUUCCCCCCUAAAGGUCAAUGUUCCAGAAUUGUUCUGUGACUGAUCAAAGUUAUGAUUUCGUUUCUUCACAUUUUCAAACCCCCUCCUCCACUUCUUACCUAAUCAUUCUCCUCUCCUCUCCUCUCCUCUCCUCUCCUCUCCUCUCCUCUCCUCUCCUCUCCUCUCCUCUCCUCUCCAUCUCCUCUCCGCUCGUCCGUCCUCGUCUUCGUCUCGUCUCCGUCCCCUCAUCCUCAAGGCGCUGAGGCGUAGGGGUUACCCUCACCAACUUCGGUUCACAUGGAGAGUAAUGAGGCGUCAUGA